AUGAAUGACCUGCAGCGGCGCCUCGGACCCCGGGGACUGGUCGUGCUCGGCUUCCCGUGCAACCAGUUUGGGCAUCAGGAAAACGCCAAGAACGAGGAGAUCCUGAAUUGCCUGAAGUACGUCCGACCAGGCGGCGGGUUCGAGCCCAAUUUCAUGCUCUUCGAGAAGUGCGAGGUGAAUGGCGAGAAGGCGCAUCCGCUCUUCGCCUUCCUUCGGGAGGCUCUGCCUACGCCUAGUGACGACGCCACUGCUCUCAUGACCGACCCUAAGUUCAUCACCUGGUCCCCGGUGUGCCGCAACGACGUCUCCUGGAACUUCGAGAAGUUCCUGGUGGGCCCAGACGGUGUGCCCGUGCGCAGGUACAGCCGCCGCUUUCUGACGAUCGACAUCGAGCCUGACAUCGAAACCCUGCUGUCCCAGGGGGCCUCUGCCUAG